AUGUCAGGAUCAACUCCAAAACAGACCUCCAGUCCGCAGACAGUUGCUGGUGUUCCGGAUCCUGCUCCUGCUGGACCUGAAGUCCCAACUGACAGCUCCUUUGGUGAGCAAAACCUUAGCUUCACCACCACAGACCUCAACCUGGUGGAAAUGACGGAAAUAGAGUACACCCAGCUUCAGCACAUACUCUAUUCACACAUGGAGGCACAAGCAAACGAAGGCGAAAUGGAAGCUAGGCUCAAUUCUGCUUUCUUCUCAUCUAGUAAUUCUGCAGAUCAACCUCAGCACCAGUCCUCAGUGAACACCAAUCAAGCUGGCUUUUCAUCAUACUCUGGGAACCAGUCAGUUUACCCAAUUAUCUGUCAGUCAGGUCUGUCUUCUGACAGCAAUUUAAUGGGUUCAAACCAAUGUCUGGGGCACAUUGACUUUCAAGAGCUCAGAAUGAUGCUACUUAGUGAAUCUAAUCUCCCUUCUAAUGAAGUAGAUAAAACACCUAAUAGUAGCUCUGUAGAAGUCACAGGGCACAGUUUAGUAAGAGUUAAACAUGGUGAAAAUUUUGGUGGGACAAAUAAAGAAACUGUACUUGUUGAAAAUUCAGCACCAGCUCCUGAGCCUAGAUCUAAAUCUGCAGUUCGUGUUCGUUUGGAAGACAGAUUCAACAGCAUCCAGACAGAAAAUCCCAGAUGCCAAGAGCCACAAGAAUCUGGAGUGACUCUUAACAAUUUAGUAACACUUAUUCGUCAACCAGCAGAACUAAUGAGUGUGCCUCUUCACCAGCAGCAGAAUAAAUGUACUACAUUAGUGAAAAAUAAGACUGCUGCUGCAGCUACUGCUUUACAGUUCACAUAUCCAUUAUUUACUAUGAAUGCCUGUUCUACUUCUGGAAGUGUUAACCCUUCACAAACACAGAACUCUGGCACAUCAUGUACUAUUCUGGAAGCUGCAAAACAUCAAGACCUUGGAUUACCUAGAGCAUUCUCUUUCUGUUAUCAUCAGGAAAUUGAAUCCACUAAACAAACAGUAGGCACUAGGAAUAAAGCUUUACCUGAACAAGUUUGGAUUAAAGUAGGAGAAGAAGCUUUAUGUAAACAAGCAAUAAACAAAAGAAGUCGCAGCAGAAUACGCCAGUUGGAUGCAAAUGUAGACCGCAAACCUCUUAGUGAAAUUCAAAAUAUAUGUGAUAGCCAAAAUACUGCAUCUGCACAAGGUACUUGGCAGUCAACACAGGUAAAUUCAAGUAUGCUGGCACAGAGUGGAACUCAGGGAGGAAUCUCUCAGCGCCGGGAGAGACAUAACCGCAUGGAAAGAGACAGAAGGCGCAGAAUCCGGAUUUGUUGUGAUGAAUUGAAUCUUCUGGUUCCAUUCUGCACUGCUGAUACUGAUAAGGCAACAACAUUACAGUGGACAACAGCAUUUUUGAAAUAUAUUCAGGAAAGGCACGGGGAUUCCUUGAAAAAGGAAUUUGAGACUGUGUUCUGUGGUAAAACAGGCAGGAGACUAAAACUAACAAGAGCUGACUCAUUAGUAACAUGUCCAAUGCAGGAAAACAUACAGAAUAGCACACCAAUGGAGAUCAAGUAAUUUGAACUAAAUACCCAGCGUUUUAUGGAAAGUAUUGAUACCUAAUGAUGUUCCAUAGCAAUUAUUUUAUGUCCAUAUACUGGACUUCAUCUCCUGUGACUAAUUUGAAAUUGCAGGAUCCAAGAGUGACUUGCAAAAUAUAAUUUGUAAAAAUAUAUAAAUAGAACAGUAAAGAAAACAUUCUUUAUUCAAAUGGAAAGAUAAAUGAAUUACCAACAAUAUUAAUUGAUCAGUGUCCUCUCAGAGAGCUUUGGGACCAGAGGCAACAAGAAAAUGUCAUGACAGCCACUAAAUAUUUUUUCCCCCCCCAAUAGCUACCAAAAUCCAUUUUAACUUGAUAUAAUAUAGUUAGAAAUUGUUAUAGACCAUCAACCUGUCCUAUUGUAUUUAGUCAGUCAUGAAUGUACAUUCCUGUUAAAUGUAAAAUAAAUAAAUAAAUAAAGAUGCCAUUAUAGUGCCCAUUUCGCAAUUGAAACAGUGAGAAAAUUAAACUGGUUAGUGCUUGUAUAAUAAGUACACAUCUUACAAACAAUAUUAUAUGCAUUGGAAUUCAAAUUUGAAGUUCAUAUUGAACCGUACAUCCCCAUAGGACUAAAGAAUCAUACAAUGCUAUUGGCAUUGCUUUUAAAAUACAGUAGUAUUUUAAAUACUUCUUGCACAAACUGUCCAACAAUUUUCCUGUAUUGUUGCUUUAGUCCAAAAGUGGUAUAUUGUAAAUGGUGAAUU